AUGCCCUGCGUUAGAUUUUCUUGGUCCAGUCGAAGGAGUCAGAGUUUUACUGGAGCUAGGGCCAUGUCAUCAGCAAUCAGCGCAACCGAUCCAGACUACUCGAUGUCUGAGUCGACUAGCAAAUCCUUCCUGUUGGAAGAAGUGGAAGAAGGAGCACAGGUCGAAGAAAUCCAGGCGGCAUUGAAGCAGAUCGAUCGAGAGAAGGAAGAGGUGGCGGUGGAGUUAUCCAGGUGGCAGGCUCGCACGGAGAGGGUGGAAAAAGACAUGCGCAACCUCGAUGCGAAAGCGGAAUCUUUGAAGCACAAGCUGGAGGCGAUUACACGAUUGGAGGUUGAGCCAGAAGUCGAAGAAGUACCUCCUGGCCCAGAGUGCUUGUACUUUGUGGAUGGCAAUGCGUUUAACUUCCUUUCCAUGAUGGUCGUGUUCAUGAAUGUCAUUGUCAUGAUCGGGAAACACAUCUGGGACCCCAUGAUCAAGAUCUCGGGCGAGCUGUGGUACCUCGACCAAGCCUUCCUCAUUUUCUACGUCGCUGAGUUGGCCAUGCGCUUUGGAUUGUGGCACGAAUCACUGCUGUUCAAUCGGCCCCUCUCAAAGACCUGGUCGUACUGGCUGGACGCUGUCAUUGUGGUGGCCUCCGUCUUGGAGCAGUGGGUGUUGCCCUUGGUCAUGGACCAUGACGGGAUGGGCUUCGGCGCCUUACGAAUCUUGAGGGUCUUCCGGUUCUUGCGAGUGCUCAGGGUGUGCAGCAAGAUGGGCAAUGCCGGGGACUGGGCCGAGAACGACUAUUUCGUCGCUUUCAUUAUGUUCGUGAUCUUUCUCAACUGCAUCAUGAUGGGGGUUCAGGAGGACUUUCCCGAUCUCAGCUGCUGGGUAUACUUCGAGAACUUUUUUCUCGGCAUCUUCCUCUUCGAGCUCCUGAUUCGUAUACACCAUUUUGGAUGCAGAUUCUUCUGCAACGACCAGUGGGCAUUCAAUUGGCUGGAUUUCAUCAUCGUGGCCGGUGGCUGUAUCGAUCAGUGGUUCAUGCCGCUAUACAAGCUGAUGACGUCCGAGGCCGGCAUGGACGCGAACAGCUCAGACAAGUCCUUGAGCAACGUCAUGAACAUGUUGAGGAUGCUUCGGCUUGUCCGGCUCCUCCGGUUGGUGCGUUUGGUUCGCGCCAUCCCACCACUCUACGAUCUUCUCACGGGUAUCAUUGCAGCCAUGCAGGGCAUGGCCUGGUUGUUGCUGCUUACGAUGGCCGUGAUCUACAUUAUCGCUUUGGUUUGCAUGAAGUUGCUAGGAAAGGAUGGCCUGGUCACCGCUGGUGAUUCUGAUGAGAUACGAGGUGUGUUUCCAUCAGUUGGCAAGACAAUGUGGGUUCUGUUCAUGGCCAUGAACGGAGACCCGACUGGCAUGCAGCCCCUGUUCGAUGCAUACCCAGCCACUCUCGUCUUCGCAGCCGGCUACAUGAUCUUCACAAGUUUUGCGAUCUUGUCUGUGCUGACAGGUGUGGUGGCAGACAAGAUGGCAUCAGCAGCCGAGGACCACGAAAAGGAAGUCGAGGAAGCCGAAACAAAGAAGCGAGAUGAGUUCCUCAAGAAGAGCUUGGACAAGGCUUUCUCGAGCGUGGCAGGCGGCCGUGACGACAUGUCAUUCAAGGACUACCAGGCCCUCUUAGACAAGGAUGACGUUUGCGAGGAGAUGAGUGAGAUGUUGGCCAUGGACAAGGACGAGCUCCUGGCUGCAUGGGAAGGCUUCCCCAAGGAGAUCACGCAGAUGUACAAUGAGCCUCGUGAGAUGGUCACUCGAGAUAGCUUCAUUGAUGCACUGACGAAGGCGCAUGGAACAGUGAACCUCCUGUCAGUCACCCGUGUGUAUCAGAAGCUGGCCCGGAUCGAGAAGGCCCUCCAUCUGUCAACGUCGUGA